AUGGCUGUUGAUGUCUUGGAAUACCUCCCACUUGGACCAGAGACCACAGGUAUGUGGCGCCAAUUAGGAUUGGUUGCUUUGAACGCACUUUGCCUGCCUGUGGCCGAACGCUGCUACGCUGUUCUAGGAGAAGUUGAGAUGAGCAGGGAAUUGCGGAAGAUUCAGCGCCUGGCACGGAGUUGUGCGGGUGAUGUGAAAGACAUUGACAGCGGGCUACAUCAUCCAACUGUGAUGGCUGCUAUUGCUGUGAUGAAGAAGCAGUUCUCUAUAGCAGAGGAAGUUUACAUUGAGCAUGGUCAUCUUGAAGAUGCCAUACGCAUGUAUCAAAGCAUUCACAAGUACGAUGAGGCUAUCCGUCUGGCAGAGCAUCACUGCUAUCCCGAUGUCAUGCGCCUCAAAACAGACUAUCUACAGUGGCUGUUACAGACACACCAAGAAGACUUGGCAGGAGACCUGCAGGAGAGGGAAGGGAAUUAUGAGAAAGCCAUAAUCUCUUCUUGA